CAAUUCGCGCUUGUUUUUGGGGCAACAAGCCCAUAAUUUAUCGUCAGCGCGUGUGCCUGGCACUACCGUCGUACACCUCAGCGACGUGUGCGGUAAAAUCCGGACUCGCAGCGACUCCACAGCUACAAAUGGCCGAGCCGGAGCCAACCGCCGAGAUGGACACGAGCGACGCACCAGCGGAAGCCGCAAACAACGCAGCCGCCGCGGGCUUUCUCGCGCCCAGCGACCUCGCGGCCGCCAAGGCCCAGGUCAUCAGCAAGAGCGGCAAGCGCGGCUGGCUCGACUGGCGGAAAUGCGACUGGGACCGCUGGGGCGCCGCGCCGCGCGCGACGGCGCCGUUGGAAGUGAGCGAGGGCCGGGCCUUUGUGCUCGCGAAGGUGCCGCUCAAGGAGAGAUACGAUGUGGCGUACGGCGGCGAAGCGCGCAUCCAUACGCCGCACAUGUUGAUCGAACGCAUCCAGGAAAAAAAACGUCGAUUAAGUUGCGUCGUCGACGCGACGUUACGACGGCCGGGCGACUUCCAUGACGUCGGGGAUUGGGAGGACUGGGACGUCGAACGUAUCGAACUAAGGAAGGACGCGCGGCCCUGCGUGCGGGUCCGGGACGCCGUGCCUCUCAAUAAAGAUUUGGAUAAUGCGGUCGUGGCGUGCGGGAAGGCCUGGAAGCAUCCUUCUGUGGUCGUGUUUCUGUCGGUGGACGGCUGCAACACGGCGGGGCUCUGUGCCGUGGCAACCCUGAUAGAUCUGUGCGGGGUCGCGCCUUUAGAUGCGUGGAACGGCAUCCGGGCAGCCAGACCGAUUUUUUCGGAGGGUCACGUCGCUUUGUUGAAUGCGCGGUACCCUGGAAAUAAUUUCAGUUGUGACGCGGCGCCGGCCUGGUACGGUCCGCAAGCGGAGGGCGACGCGGAGGACGAUCCUGAAAUUGAUGACGAGGCUCCGCCGCCGCAGAAGAAGCGGACGCAUGAAGACGCGGCGGAACCGCCAGAAGCCAAGCCGCGGAACAAGCGGCCGAAGCUGCGCAAGGCCGCCGCCGCGGCGCCGCCGCCUCCACCAAACGACCUGCGCCACGGCGACCUGCGGACGCUGGACGUCCACGCGACGGCGCCCGACGGGACGCGGUCGCGCAUCGGGGGCCUCUCCACGACCUUCGAGAUGUGCCCGCCUGCUUUAGAGGUGCGGCCCGACGCCUACGACAAGGACCUGCCGAAGGUCGCGCGCUACGCGUCGUUUACUUGCACCGUCGCCGGCGACCGGGCGGGCCUCGCGGGGCUGUUGAAAUACUUGCGGGAUAGGAAGAAGGCCGCGGUGUUGUGCCGCGGGCCGCCGCGGAUCUACCUGCCGCCCCAGGAGAUCGGGGCGGACGGGGGGCUGGAAUUGCGGUUCCGGGAGUAACGGUUAUUUGACAG